AAGUUAAAUGUUUCUAUGCGAGUGUGUGUGUGUUUUUUUUUUUUUUUUCAACCUUUCUGCCUCGAUGUGACUUCUUGUGGCGGUUAAAACUUGCGUGGAGAGGCCGGUAAUUUGCUGGAGGCAGCAUGUCGGACUCUCUGGAGAGAUCUACGAGGACCAACAUGCUGAAAGAGUCGGUGGUGAAGAAACUCGGCGAGGUGUUGGAUAAAUCCGUCGAUAAAGGAUGGCGAAAACUUGGAGAAAUCGUGGCCAGUGACAGGCGAUUCAAAGUCAGCUCGGACGACAUGGAGAUGUGUUCUCUCAAGGUGCUGGACAAGGAAGGCAGCCCGAGCCUGAUGCUGCUGAGGCUGAUGGGAGAGCGAGGCUGCACCACGGGUCAUCUGAUCGACUACCUCCAAACUCUGGGCAACUUGGAGGCCCUGCAGUGCCUGAAAACGCCACCUUUGCAGUUUGUCAUUCAGCCCCAGUCUGUGGCUGUGAUAUGCGGCCACAAUCUGCGCCUCAGCUGCCACGCCAUGGGAAAAUCUACAGUCCAGUAUCAGUGGUUCAAACUAAGAGAAGAGGUACCGAACAGUUCAUCUCCAGAGCUUCUGAUAAGUCCCGUCCAGCUGAAGGAUGCCGGCUUUUACAUCUGCAGGGUCAACAGUGGCGAUGCUUGUGAAUUCAGCCAGUGGGCUCAGGUGGAUGUCCUAAAUGUCACCACGUCUUAUGUCCCGGGACAGAGUUAUCAGUCCAUAGAUGGACGGCUGAAGUUGGCAAUCCAGCCUCAGUCCCAGCGGCUGCAUGUUGGGGAAACCCUGCAGCUGGAGUGUGGUGCCGUUGGACGGCCGAUCCCUCGAUACCAGUGGCACAGAAACGGAGCCCCGAUCCCAAACGCCACAAAAAGAAAACUAAUGAUCCCCCAAGUGAUGCAGGAUCAUCAGGGCAGAUAUCGCUGCGAGAUCAGCAGCAGCACGGAAAGAAUGUGGAGCAAUGAGGUUAAUGUUGUGAUAGCACCAAGGAUAUCUGUCCAGAUUUCAGGGGCAAUGGAGUGCUCUGAAGAUGACAUUUAUGCCAUCGGGGGAGGUUCCUGUGAACUUUUCCUUAAUAGUUUGCCUGAACAACUUUAUGCGACUGACAAAGUGGCCCUGCUGAUCGGUAACCUGUCCUACAAGAACCACCCGCAGCUCAAGGCCCCCAUGGUGGAUGUGUACGACCUAACCAACCUCCUGCGGCAGCUGAACUUCAAAGUGGUUUCCCUGCUGGACCUGACGGAGUCGGAGAUGAGGAACGCCGUGGACGAGUUCCUGCUGCUGCUUCACAAGGGAGUUUACGGUCUUCUGUACUACGCUGGGCACGGAUACGAGAACUACGGAAACAGCUUCAUGGUGCCGGUGGACGCGCCGAACCCGUACCAUUCAGCCAACUGUUUGUGUGUGCAGAGCAUCCUGAAGCUGAUGCAGGAGAAGGAGACGGGCCUUAAUGUUUUUCUGCUAGACAUGUGCAGGAAAAGGAAUAUUCAUGAUGAAAGCACUCCGAACAUCGUCCUGAGAGUCACGGCCAACAUUGUAUUUGGAUAUGCGACGUGCCAGGACGCGGAGGCCUUUGAGCUGAGCUCCACGGGCUUCAUCAACGGUGUCUUCGUUAAAUUUUUAAAGAAGCGGCUGCUGGAUGACGAGAAGAUCACGGUGGUGCUCGAUAGAGUGGCAGAAGACAUGGGGCAGUUUGAUGCGACGAAGGGUAAGCAGGCUCUGGAGAUCCGCAGCAGCCUAUCAGAGAGGAGGGCGCUGACGGAUCCUAUUCUGCCCGGCGACAACGCCGACCUCGUUCACGCCCACAGCCGCCAGUGGGCAAAGGCUCACGAGCUUCCUGAAAGCAUGUGCCUGGACUUUGACGGCGGGGCUCAGAUCAAGCUGGGCUUCGCUGCAGAGUUUUCCAACGUGCUCGUCAUUUACACCCACAUCAUGAAGAAGCCUGAGGACAUGUCCUUCUGCCAGGCGCACGUCACGGACUUCUCUCUGGACCUCGAUGUCGAUCCGAAGGAAAUGAACAGAGAGACUCCAGAGGAGACGGGCAUCUACCUGCUGUCCAGCAGCCUGCCGCAGCACUGCCUCUACACCAGACUCAGCUCGCUUCAGAAGCUCAGGGAGGACCUGGUUUUCACCGUGCGCCUUCAGGGGACGUUCGCGGCCAUGGAGGACGACCCUCCCAUAAUCUGGAACAAAAGCGUCAACAUCGGAAAGCCGCUGAUCGCCCGGCUGGACCUCCACCGGGCCGUGCGGCGGAACAGCUGCCUGCAGACCUGCAUGAUCCCCCACAGCCCGUCCCAGAGCCCCUGUCACAGCCCGGGGCCCGAGCUCCACCAUCACCUCCACCACGGGUCGCACCACGCCCAGGACUACAACCGCCUCUCCCUGCAGCAUUGCUACCUGGACCUCAGCGAGCACGCUCAGGGGGCAGUGGGAGGCUGCGGCAUCUCCUGUUACGACCAUCUCAGCCAAUGCGGCCUUGAGGGGACCUACGAGUCCGACGGACACCUGAGCUCUCCAGGUAAACUCAGCAUCCCAAUAGAGGCGACGGACGACAUCAACGAGCUGCAGACCGUGUUUAUCAACAGCCUGCACCUUCAGCCACAGUGAAACAGAGGCUUUAACUGUCUCGAAGAACGGAUUUUCUUUUCUUCUGCUGCUGUUUUAAAUUACGUUUUUUUGGAUCCUUGAAUUUCUCAGCAAUAUUUGUUUUCAAAAAGCUGUAUUUAGACGUUGUACCUCAAGGUUAUAUUUUGAAAUAUAUUUUUAGAUAAAUGUAUUUUAGGAGAUUUUAAUGGUUGGAUGUAGUUUGUUUUGGCUGUGUAUUUGAUUGGCUUAUUAUAUUAGAAGAAUAAAGUAUAUUCUAGUUUUUCCUACA